CCUAUUUAUCCAUCAGCACUCGCCCGCUCCCUCACUCACUAGGUACCUAUCCAUCCGUCAAACAACCUAUCCCUUCGACGCCUAACUCAACCCUCUCUUCUCGCUAUCCAUCUCGCUACCUACGUACGAUCGCGAGCCACCUCCUCCUACCAGCCACGGCCCUACACACCCGGACAUAGGCACCUACCCCCAGCGCCCAGCCGGCCGAACCCGCCUACCUACCCAACCCACCCAGCGCACCUCCCAAGACGCAUCGAUCGCAGAAGAACCCCCAAAAUGCCCGGCACGCGCGCGCGCCACCGCUUCUCCUACGCCUACCGGAGCGACUCCCCGCGGCCCCCCUCCCCGUCCUCCUCCUCCUCCUUGUCCUCCGACGGCCCGCCCCUCGACGAGCAAGAGCAAGAAGCCCUGAUCGCGGCGCUCGCGGCGCAGAACGCGGGGCGGGACGCGCGGGCGCGGGCGGCGCUUCUCGGGCUCGCGGCGGCGGGGGCGCUGCCGCACGUAGUCGCGCUGUCGUCGUCGUCCUCGCCCUCCGCCGCCGUCGCGCCGCUGCUCGCCCUCGCCAGCCUCGGCGCCACCGCCUGGGCCCUGUGGGCCCUGCCGCCCGGCGUCGGCGGGCUGCGCGCGCUCGACCGCUGGGCCGCCGGCCCCCGCCCCGACCCCCGCCCCCGCGCGCGCCCCCUCUCCCCGCUCGAGGCCUCCCUCCCCUACCUCAACCUGGCCCUCUGCGGCCUGCUCGUCCUGGCCGGUCUCCUGUCUUCGCCGUCGCUCGGGGCCGGCGAUGAUGAUAAUAAUAAUGAUAAUACCGACGGCGACAGCCGCGCCGCGCCGCUGCUCUCGCGGCUGCUCGUCCCGCCCAUCUUCCUCCCCGCCAUCGUCUACGGCGUCGUGCUGGCCGCCAAGGCCGUCAUGGCCGGCGUCGACCCGGAGCGAGACCUGGGCCCGCUGCGGUACGAGUACAAGGGUGCUUAAACCGCCGCCGUUGGCCGCUGCGGCCGCUGCUGCUCUAGUACAACGUAAUAUUAAUCAUGAGGGGGACGAACGAGGAGCGAGGAUGAUGACCGAGAAGGGUUUCUCUGAGAAGCUACCUAGCUCUCGAAAAUUGCUAUACACAUUCGAGCACGUCUAUCCGUACGAGUAAAUCCAACUCAACUUCAUUUCUUCUCCAUGUCAUUAUGAUUAAACAAGUGAAGUCGUAAUGUGCAAGCUUUUUUCCCCCUUCUUUUUUUUCCCCCUUUCCUCUCACAUCAGCUCCGGAAGCUCCUGCGCAAACCAACCGAACGACCUGCCCGUAUUUUGUGUCUACACGUCUAUGGACUCGUUGAACCGUAAGACCCCGUUACCCCUCAGCAAUCCGUCCACCCCCUUGGGGAUGGGGAACACGUCCGUCCCUAGGUACGGCUCCGUAACCAGCUCGGCUGAUUUGUCCACCACCAGGACCAACCCGUGAGACUUGAUCGCGUCCACGAGAGCCGGGACCAUGUUCUAGUAAGGCGAA